AUGAGGCCGCCAAUCCUGUUCACCGCCCUCCUCCGGCUCCAGGGCUUCUUGGCACAGGAAGAUAAGUGCCACUCCGUGGAAGGUGGCCCAGCCGGCAGAGUGGGGGGACCACCUCUGAAAGUGAAUGUCAGCAGCCAGGGGAGGCCUACUAGCCUCUUUCUGAGCUGGGCAGCCCCAGCACCGGGCAGCUUCAGCCAUGCCCUCUGCCUCGCCUGUCUGAGCCCUCCAGAAGGGCAGCAGCUACAGGCCCACACCAACACGUCCAGCUUUGAGUUCCAGCACCUGGUGCUAGGAAGCCACUACUUGCUGGAAGUGACUGCCCUGCGACCCUGUGGGCAAAAGGCCACCGUCAUCGUCACUGCCCACACUGCCCCGUCGACUGUCUCUGACCUGCAGCUCUGCAGUCCUGGGAGCACAUCUUGCCUGGAGGCCUCAUGGGGUGCUGCCGCCGGGGAAAGUGGUGACCAACUCCUCCUCCACCUGGAGUCCCAGACAUUGGUACAUAAUACCUCCAUGCCCCCGGGUACCCUGUCCUACAACUUCAGUGGCCUUCUACCAGGUAGCGAGUAUGUUUUAAAGGUCACUAUCAGGACUGGCAACCUCCAUGUGGAGGGCCGCACCCACCAGUGGACAGCUCCUGUGCCUCCAGAUCAGCUGGUGCUGUGUGUCCUGGGCCCCACUGCCUUGUGAGCCUCUUGGAAUGGCUCUGAUGGGGCCACUUGGCUCCCCCUAGCACUCACAGACCUCCUAGGUGGCAGUCACAUGACUGCGGUGGUCCGAGGGGGGGCCUCCAAUCACACCUUCCCUCACCUCUCUCCAGACACCCCCUGUGAGCUGACCGUGAGUGUUACUGCCGGGCCGCAACGGGCAGUGGGGCUCAGUGCCACUGAGUGGACCUAUCGCUCUUCCCCACUGGACCUGGAGCUCACUCCCCUGCCCCCAGAACUCUGGGCAAGCUGGAGGGCAGGGCCUGGUGCCCGGGAUGGCUAGCUGCUCAGGCUGAGUGGGCCAGAGGAGAACCCCACUCUGAGCCCGGGGGCCCUUAGUGCCACAUUCCCAGGGUCCCUGCCUGCUGGACUCGGUGCUCUGGAGCUCAGGGUUCUGGCUGGGCCCAGGCCAGUGCCUGGCUGGCUGGUGGGGCUGGAGGCCACCAGGAGGCAGGCAGAGCUCUACACUGAGGAAUCCCCAGGCCUCCUUGGAGACAUCCCUGGGCCAGCUGGUGCCACCCAGGGCACUUUCCAUGGGCUGGUGCCUGGGGCCCCAUACCAGGAGGACACUGUCUCAUCUCUGGGAAGCACCACCCCGAGCACCACAGGCCAUAUGAGGCCCCUGACACCACAGUCACUGGAGGUCACCAGCAGGGGCAGCCUCACUGUUGGCUGGGCCCCAGCAUUGGGGCCGUGGGAAGGCUACAGGGUCAGCUGGCAUCAGGAGGGCAGCCAGAGGUCACCAGGCAGUCUUGUCGACUUGGGCCCAGAUAAUUCCAGCCUGAUGCUGAGGGGUCUAGUGCCCGGCUCCUGCUACGCCAUGUCAGGAUGGGCCUGUGCAGGGAACCUUAGCUCCAGUAUCCAGCGGGCCCAUGGCUGCACCCUGCCUGCUCCUCCUGCCAGCUUGAGCCUGGGCCUUGCUGCCCAGCCUCCUGCCCUGACGGCUUCCUGGAGUCCUCCUCCUGGGGACAGGGGUGGCUUCCAGAUGCAGCUUUUCUGCCUGAGGCCCCUGACUCUGGAAAGUGAGCAGAUUCUGGGUCCUGAGGUUCAGAACUUCUCCUGGGCCCAGCUGCUCCCAGGCGGCCAGUUCCUGGUGCAGUUAUGCACCAAUAACAGCGGCUGCACCAACGCCACGGGCUGGAUGUGCAGCUGGGCUGACUGGGGCACACACCAGCACAGGGUUGUUCCCCCAUCCUUAGAUCCCAUUCCCCCGACAGGGUCCCGGCCCUUCCGUAUCCUGGGAGGUGCCCAGGCGGGCACCAGCACUCCGGGAGCCGAAGAGGACAGCCCCAGCUUUUCUCUGACUCCGGGCACCCAGUACCAUGUGCAGCUUGUCUCCCAGGCUGGGCCCCUCCACGCUGCGCCGACCACUGCCUCUGGCUGGACUGCCCCACGCAUGCCCAGUGAGAUGCUGGUGUCCAUGCAGGCAGGCAGUGCGGUGAUCAGCCUGGCCUGGGCCAGUGGCCCUGUGGGGCAGGGGGCCUGCUGCGCCCGACUCUCAGAGGCAGGGCGCCUCUCCUGGGAGCAGCCUCUGGAGCUAGGCCAAGCCUGCCUGGUCCUGAGGGCCCUCACACCGGGGCACAACCUCUCCCUAUCUGUGCUGUACCAGGCGGGGCCACUCCACGUGGCCAUGCACCUGGUGGUGCUGCCCAACCUUGGAUUCCUGCACAUCGUGGAGAAUGUGCAGUGCUAGCCCGAAGCCACCCACCUGGCCCUGAACUGGGUGGUGCCCGCGGCUGUCGGCACCUGUCUGGUGGUGGCAGAGCAGCUGGCAGUGGGAGGGAGUGCUCACUGGGUCUUCCAGGCCCACACCUCUGGGGGUGCUCUCCUGUUGCCCGGCCUGGUGCCUGCCACCUCCUACCACCUCAGCCUCACUGUGCUGGGCAGGGAUGGUCUGUGGCGCCAGGCAGUCACCCUGGUGUGCGUCACUGUGGCAAAGGCCUGGCACCCCCCAGAGGUAGCUGCAGCCCCUGAGCUGGGGCCCGAGACGGGCAUGGGAGUGAUGAGCGCACAGGGCAUGUUUGGCAAGGAUGGGCAGGUCCAGUGGCACGGUGUGAUCGCCACCACCAGCAUGUCCCGUGACGCUCGGCCUCCCCAGGAAGCCAUCAACCACACGUGGUUUGGCCAAUGCUGCAGAGGACAUGACUCCUGCCUGGCCAUUGUGCUUCCCAGCCUCUUCUGCCCGGGGCCCUGGGCUGUGCUGAGAUCCUGCAUGGAGCCUAUGGGUACAGAGGACUGUGGCCAGACCCAGGAGAUGUGUCAGGGGCUGCUCAAGCCAGGUUCCCAGUAUCGGUUCAGGGCUGUGGGCUUUGCCAGGUACAGCCCUCCUGAGACUGUUAUCUGCUUCUCAGGCUUCUCAGGGCAUCAGUCUCAAAUCCAGGAGAGGUUGGCGGGCAGUGGGACACGGCUGUUACGCCCCUUCCUUCCCUUGCCCUCCAUAGAGCCCCGGGCCCGUGUCUCCCAGGCAGCUAUGCCCCUCGCAGCAGUGGUGGGCCUUGUGGUGGCCUGUGUCCUCACUAUCUGUGCUGUGCUGGGCCUGCUGUACUGGGGAUGCGUGAAGGGGCAGAGAGUGGAGAAGAAUCGGUUUUCCCAGGAGCUGACCGCUUACAACCUGUGGACCCACCGGCCAAUCCCCAUUCAUAACUCGCAGCAGAGCUUCAAGGGCAAGACUGCACAUGCUCACCAGGCUUGCUUUCAGGAGUUUGGGGAGUUGAAGGAGGUGGGCAAGGAGCAGUCCAGACUAGAGGCUGAGCACCCUGCCAAUGCCACCAAGAACCGUUACCCACAUGUGCUGCCCUAUGACCACUCUCGGGUCGGCUGAGCCGUCUGGAGGAAAAGCCCCCUCUGACCAGUUAGUGCCAGCUUCAUCCCAGGGUAUGCCCACCCAUAGGACUUCACUGCUACCCAGGGGCCUCUCGAGGAAACCCUGGAGGACUUCUGGCGGCAGGUGUGGGAGCAGCAGGUCCACAUAACCGUCAUGCUGACAGUGGGCGUGGAGAACGGGAGGGUGCUGUGUGAGCAUUAGUGGCCAGCCGACCCCACCCCUGUCACCUGUGGUCACAUCACUGUCCACCUCCUGGCCGAGCAGGCCGAAGAUGAGCGGACCCAGCUGCCGCACAUGCACUGCCCCGCAGCAAUGGCGAGGGUGACGCCGCUGCAGUUCACCACCUGGCCUGACCGUAGCAUCCCUGAGGCCCCCAGCUCCCUGCUCACCUUUGGGGACCUGCACGGGAGCAGCCCGCGAACCACCCAGGGUGCUGGACCCAUCCUGGUGCACUGCAGGCGAGGGCAGGGGCUGGGCGUGGGCUGCACGGGCACCUCUGUGGCCCUGUUGAGGCUCCUGCAGCAGCUGGAGGAGGGGGAGAUGGCGGGCGUGUUCAGUGCCAUGUAUGUGUUGCAGCUACACCAGCCUCUCACGAUCCGCUCCACCUCCCCCUGCCAGAGCUGAUGCAUCUUCCUGCACAGCUGCCGCCUGAACAAGAUUCUGGAAGGGCCCGCUGGCACCUCUGAGUCCCAGCCCACCUCUGUGAUGAUUGCACAGGUGUGCGCCGUGCCGGCAGCCCAUACCAACGCUGGCGUCUUGCAGGAGUACGAGCUCCUGCUCCGGGCCAUCAGGGAGGAGGCUGGCUGUCCGGCGCCCUCUCCCAGCUGUGAGCAGGACAGCGCGGUCUCCUUUCCUGGGCCCAGGCCAGCAUUUCUGGGUGCCCCAGAGCUGAGAUGGGUGGGGGGCACCCUUGGUCCCCAAGAGCCAGCAAGCUUCGCUCUGCAGGCCUGGCCUUCUGGCCACAACCACGUAGUGCUGGCUGGACCCAUUGGGCCAAAGGAGCCCUGGGAGCUGCAGCGCAGCAGACUGGUCCUGUACCUCCUCAGGGUUACACAUGUAGGUGUUGAGGCCACAGGGUGUGGGAUGGUAGGCUGUGCUAGCACCCCUUGGCCCUCCCCCGCCCCCAAGCACCAAUGCCAGGGUCUCUGCCCCCAGGGGGACAGUGGGCAGGAGGGGCAGAUGCAGCGACUGCAGUUUCCGUGCUGGGAGCUGGGACGUGAGCUGCCCGCUGCCACCCUGCUGCCCUUCCUGGCUGCUGUGGCCCAGGGCUGCUCCCAGGACACAGAGAAGCCAGGCACACUGCUUGGCCUCUGCAGCAAGGGUGUGGCCCAGCUGGGCACCUCUGCUAUGGAUCAGCUGCUGCAGCGGGCAGAGGCUGAGUGUACUGCGGAUGUAUUUAACGUGGCCUUGCAGCAGUCACAGGCCUAUGGCCUCAUGACCCCACGCUGGUGAGAAGCAACCAAGGGGUUCAGCCAUGGUAAGAGGCAUGGAAAUGGGGAAGGUUCAGUGCUGGCGCCAGGCCUCUAGGGGGCACUAUCCGGGCAGCCAUCAGGUGGCCCUGGGGACCACGAUGCUCUCAGAAGGAACCUGGGGCAUGGGAGAUGCCAGAGCUUUUCUCCCUCAAGUCUGGGCAGGUAGGGUAAGGGUCCUUACCCUGUGUCUCCCCCAGGAGCAGUAUAAUCUACCUCUGCAGCUGUCUGAACAGUGCGCCCGUGGGCGGGCUGCCCUGAGUCAGCCCUAGUCACUGCUGUGCGGGAGCAGCAGAGGCUGGGCCAGCUGGGCAGGGGCCAUCAGCCCCAGCAAGCCGGCUCGGGCCUGCAUUCUCUGGGAGGGCAGCCUGCACGCUGGGCUCUGCACUGUUAAGGGACAAGUAGGGGGACAAAGAACGUGGUCAAGCUUGAGGCUGAGUGUGCUCUGUCCACCUUUCAGGGAGAAAGAAAUGGCCUCCAAGACUUGUGGGAUGUGGGGCCCAGCCUCAGGGCCUGGUGGGCAAACGUGAGCAGGGCUGGAGCCUGGCUGAGCUGGCUGACCUGCAGGCUGUGGCUUUCCCCUGGAGCAUCCCCCUACCUCCUCAUCCUCCAGUCUCCCAGUUUCUUCAGACUUUCGGCUGUAGUGUUUUGGGGUACAAACAGUGGAGCCGCAGGAGGUGCAAACAGGCAGGGCAAUGGAGCCAAAGCGAUGGGUCUCCAGGCUUCUGCUGACACUCUAGAGGACCAUGGGAAGAAAGGGCAAGAAUGGGAAACAGCCUCGUAUGUCUGUACUUGGGGCUUGGCUCAGCAUGGGAGAGACCAGAGAAAGCAAACCCUACACGAAGAAAACACAGCCAGCCUCGUCUGGUCUAAAAGAGAAUAGUGACUUGACCCCAGCGUCACCACCAUCUGCCCAGGGGAGAGGCGCUGGGGGUGGAUUCCAGCCUCAGGGAGAUCGAACUGCAGUUGCAGAGCUGGCCUCCAGGUGGCGCCAGUCUGCCGACUUUCAGGUCAGGCCGGCUCUGACUACCCGCUCGCUGGGUGGCGUCCUGAGCCCAGCUGCAAAGCCAGGUCCUGGGAGCAAGGGUCCGGGGUGAUCCUUAGACGUGACGGAGGCUGCAUGCAAAGUACACUCAGUGGGUGGAAAUGUGCACCCGCUUCUUUGGUGACAGGGCAUGGCUGCCUUGUGAGAAGACCCCUCCCCACUGCCCACUCCCAUCCCAGCUUGUAGCCAAAUGCUUUACAGCCCGACCCCUUUCAGGACAACCUCCUGAGACCCCCAGAAGACAGAGUGACAGAACCGACCCAGUUCUGGGGCUGGCCGCCAUCAGUGGGGAGAGACCCUAAACAAAUAGCCUCCCUCUUGGACCGCAGUUUCCUCCUGUGAAAAAUGUGGUAGAGGGGUUGGGGGGCUAUGGGAAUUCUUAAGGUUGUUUCCAGAGGGCCUCCCCCGAGUCCGCUAUGAUCCCGUCGCUGCCCCUGUAGGCAAGCGGGUCCCCAGUGCAGAAGCCUAGUCCGUGGGACAUCGUUUCUGAGCAA